AUGAAGAACUUGAUGCGAUUUGGGUGCGACUGGACCCCAAUGUAUUUUUCCGUUGAUCUCUUUACUGAGUUACCGUCUUUUAUACAUACUUCGGCUGAUAGACAACAGCGACGACCAACGCGCAAGCGCUUGAAACGGGGGCCCAAAGCCCCCGAAGCCGACGAGACGGCCAACGAAUCGUCGAAUAGUUAUAUUUCUCGAAUGGAACGUAUAGGUGUCGAGUACCUCACGCGUGUGUCAAAGGAACGUGUGAAACGGGUGAAGCGAGCGACGCUUGCGGUCAGUCUGUCUGCUCGUUUUGGAACAUGGGCACGAGCUUCACAGACUCUGCCCGAAAACAUACCUGAUCGUCGAUAUGGCUUCUCUCCUGAGGUUAUGUGUCAGCUUCGCAACAUCGAAUGGUCAGGAACAACGCUGGGUUUCUUGAUAGGACUCUCGUGUGGACUCGUUUCUAUGGGCAUAGAGAGUUUGUUACCUUCUCAUCUUGCGGGCGAUGAAGUGUGGGGCUUGAAUGGCCACGUGUUGCUCAUCAAUAUCGCUGUGUCACUGCUUGAAGUGACGUUGCUCUAUACGAUGGCUGUGGCUUGCGCGUUCAGACUGACUGUUAGUGCCGGUCUCAUCUUAUACCCUCUAGACCAUGAGCGUGAGUUUCUCGCUCGCGCCGUCGCACGCGCAGCUUUACAAGUUGGACAUCGUAAAGAUACGCUUUUUGGAAUGGACCCAAUGCGUGGAUCUCCGCGACUCGUGUUGCUGAUGACUUAUCUCGUGUUUAAAAGCAAACGGUAUGUGGUUAAAUUCCUAUUCAAGCUCUUUAUUAAGCGUGUUCUGUGGCGCGCUGCCGCACGCUCCGCGCUGAACGCUACUGUACUUCCGAUCCAAGGUCUCUUAAAUGCCUGGACAAUACGACGUGUGCUGCGGAACUGCCGAAUUAAUAUCGUUGGACCACCAUGCGCGAUCGAGGCCCUCGAGAGCUUUCUGUUGGAGGACGCGUGCUUCAAACCAGCUCAGCGACGGAUGGUACACCCGAACAUGGAGAUUAUGGUAGAACAUUUGCGACACCGUUGGAUCAACGCAGACGCGUGGCCCGUAAGCGACGACGGCUGCACGUGUCUGCAAGAGUCCUCGGAACGAUGUCCAGCCCACGUACUGGACGACAUCGACGUCUUAAUUACCGACCUUCGUUUAUUAGGCAACAGCAAUCCAGCGGCACCAUCCGUCUCACCAACUGCUUCAGCGUCAUCGUUGCUCUUGCUCUCGUCGUACCACCUUCGCAACCUCUUUUUCCUGCUCAUCGUGUCGCUUGUCAUCGACGGCAGCUUGGACUGGGGGGAGCGACGUUUCUACGUGCGCAUAUGUGAGGCGGCGGGUGUGGAGAAUCACUGGAGCGGCGUACUCAAGCUGAAGGAGGCGUUCGUGCACGGACAAGGCUUGGAUGUGGAGGCCAUCUUCUCGCUGGUACAAUUCGAGAAGGAUGUGGAGAUGCACUACAGCACCGAGGAAUCGUACAGCGUACCGUGGCGCGAAUCUGUGUCGUACCUAAGCAACCGCGUGGCGCGACUCCUGUCGUGUUGA